AUGCCUCCCCGCAAUUCCAAGAGUAAAAACAUACACCCAAACCAACUGGCAACCAAUGUCUGGACUGCACUCAAGCCUAAUGACCUAAAAGACAUUGCUCAGAAGGUGAAAGAAAAAUUCAAAUGGGAUCACGAACCACGCCCUUUUCAAGUUGAUGCGAUUGUGGCCCAAUUGAAGCGCGAGGACGUCUUGAUACAUGCUGGGACAGGUUCAGGCAAGACGGCUGUUGCAGCAGGCCCUCAUGCACAUGAGAAAAUGCAAGGAAAGGUUAUGUUCAUGAUAUCGCCUCUGAUCGCAUUACAAGAUGAACAGGUCAAGACAUUCCAUGAGGAAUUUAAACUGGAGGCUGUUGCAGUUAAUAGUGCGCAAGGAGGUUGUACAAAGGAAAUCAUGGCGGAUAUUAUAGCGGGGAGGUGGGCAAUUGUGAUUCUCUCCCCCGAAAUGAUUCUGUCAAAGAAAUUUAUCAACGGCGUUAUUCGGAAGCCAGAGAUGUCUCGCCGUGUCCUGUCAGUGGUGGUGGAUGAGGCACACGUCGUUUCCCACUGGGGAUCAGGCUUCCGAAAGAAGUAUGGAACACUCGGAGUACUUCGCGCGUUGCUUCCGAAAGGAACGCCUGUCGUUGCGAUGUCAGCAACACUCGCGGGGCGUGUCCGCAAAGAUGUUUUGGCAAAACUGCAGUUCGAUCCGAAGAAAUUCACUUACUUGAAUCUUGGAAACGACCGACCAAAUGUUUCCCUCGUCGUCCGUGCCAUCCAAAACCCUAUGAACACAUAUAGCGACCUCAAGUUCCUCAUCCCCAAGGGAAUUCGGAGUGCGAGCGGAGUCCUGAAGGGUUUCAUCUAUGCAGACAACGUGUCAGGUGGCCUAGACAUGGUGGAUUACUUGGAUGGACUUCUACCUACCGAGUUGCGGGGGAAGGGACUAAUCCGGCCAUACAAUGCGGGUCUCUCAAAGGAAUGUCGUGACUUGGUAAUGGAGCUUUUCAAGGCAGGGAUCGUGCGAAUUUUAGUUUGCACUGAUGCCGCUGGGAUGGGUUGCAACAUACCUGACAUAGAUAUCGUCGUCCAGUGGAAGUUAACAGCCACAGUCUCGGCCUUUGUUCAACGAGCAGGUCGCGCCGCACGCGCAUCAGGCCGAACUGGACUUGCUGUUAUGUUAGUCGAGAAAUCGAUCUACGACGCAGACCUGCACAAAGGCUGUCAAGACGAGCAGAAAACAAAAGCAAAGAAGACCAUAUGUCAAUCGCCAAACUACCCUAAGGCAAAGACCAAGGAAUACGCGAUCAGACGUGGCGUUCGUCGGGGUGCAUACGGAGGCCUAUUCGACGAGGUUGCGACAGGUGUUGAUGUUCCUGUCGAUGUAUCCUCGAUUGACGAAGGUGCACAUGGCUUCGUUCAGUCGACUAGUUGCCGUCGAGGUGUGUUGACUGAUAUAUAUGGAAACGAGAAAGCAGCCCCGACGGUCCCUUGUUGCGACAUUUGCAACCCUGAGCUUCUGGACCGUACGCGCCCAGCUCCACCUCGGCCAAAUGCUCAGAAAAAGGCGGCAACAUAUGAAGGUGUCAAUUCCACAACAAAGUCGAGCCUCCAAGAAUGGCGGACCAAGAUUUGGAAUCGUGACUUUGAAGAUGCCAUCUUCAGCCCUGCAGGAAUCCUUAGCGAUGGUGCGCUCGAGAAGCUAGCAUCCGUGACGAGCCCUAUCGAAAAUUUAAUUGGGUUAGAACGUGCAAUUGGUGGAUGGGCAUGGUUUGGGACUUACGGCGACGAGCUCUUAGCAGAGAUCAAAACCCUCCCAUUUAAGUCCAUACCGAAGCAGAAGCAGAAGAGGGCAGCAAAGCGGUCAAUGGUGGAUGUGGCAGAUGGAGAGAGUCUGGCAAAGCGAACGUGUGUCUCAGCUGCUCCCACACCUGUGACGCGUGUCGCAGUUGCUCCCACACCUGUCCAACCGACGUCACACUCAAGUCUCCCCAUUGCCGGUCCAUCAACACCCAUGCGCACGUAUUCUUACUCGCAAUACCCUCAAAGCUCCACGCCGGGGCAUCCUGGGACACGCUACUAUCACCCGAGCUACUAUCUGACCCCACCUCGCAAUCACAAUUCACCUCAACAACCAUAUUUAUACUAUCCCUAUUACCCAUCUCCAAAUUAUCACCAACUUCCACCACAAUACCGGCCUCCGAACCCUAAUACUGGGCCUCCCCAUACUUAG